GUGGCGAUGAGCGCCGUUGGUCCUGACCACAGCUACUCUGGCCAUUCCGGCCAGCUUCUCUUUGAUACCGCCUCUGCUAGUCAGUCCGGCCUGAGACACCUGUCCCUGCCCCCUCACCCUUCCCAAGGUCGGGGCUGGGAGUCGGACUCUGGUGCAGCGUCUUGGGAGGGGCUGGGGGCUGCGGGGCGAGGAGGGGAGGGGCAGGGCGACCAGCAAGGCCCUCUCUCCCCUCUCCCUCCCCCUCCCCCUGACGUCAGCCCCGGCAGUCUGGAGCUCUCUCACUUGGCGCUGGCCCUCCGCGGGGAAGUAUGGGGCUGUCCAGGCUGCUCUGUGCCUUCCUGAUGGCCUCUUGCUGCUGCUGUGGCCACGCUGCGGGUGUGCCUGUAGUGGCAGAGCAGCCAGAGCCUGAGCUGGUGGAGGUAGAAGUGGGCAGCACGGCCCUACUCAAGUGUGGCCCCUCCCAUUCCCAGGGCAACUUCAGCCAUGUCAUCGACUGGUUUUCUGUCCACAAGGAGAAGCCAACACUCAUCUUCCGUGCGUACCAGGGCCAUGGUCAGAGUGAACCUGGGGAGUACCAGCACCGGCUCAGCCUCCAGGACAAAGGGACUACUCUGGCCCUGACACAUGUCACCCCUCAUGAUGAGCACAUCUUUCUGUGCCAGGGCAAGCGCCCUCGGUCCCAGGAGCACCGCUUCCAGCUCCGUGUCUACAAAGCUCCAGAGGAGCCAAGCAUCCAGGCCAAUGCCUUGGGCAUUUCUGUGAACAGUAAGGAGCCAGAGGAGGUUGCUACCUGUGUGGGGAGAAAUGGCUACCCCAUUCCUCAAGUCAUCUGGUACAAGAACGGCAGGCCUCUGAAGGAAGAGAAGAACCGGGUCCACAUUCAGUCAUCGCAGAUUGUGGAGUCAAGUGGUCUGUAUACUGUGCAGAGUAUUCUGAAGGCACAGCUGCUUAAGGAGGACAAAGAUGCCCAGUUUUACUGUGAGCUUAACUACCGGCUGCCCAGUGGGAAUCACAUGAAGGAAUCUGGGGAAGUCACUGUCCCUGUUUUCUACCCGGCAGAGAAAGUAUGGUUGGAAGUGGAGCCUGUGGGAAUGCUGAAGGAAGGGGACCAUGUGGAAAUCAGGUGUUUGGCUGAUGGCAACCCCUUACCCCACUUCAGCAUCAGCAAGCAGAACCUCAGCACCAGGGAGGUGGUGGAGGAGGCAGUUGAUGACAAUGGAGUCCUGGUCUUGAAGUCUGCCCACAAGGAGCACAGUGGGCUCUACGAAUGUCAGGGCCUGGAUUUGGAAACCAUGGCAUUACUGUCGAGUGACCAACAGGAGCUCCUGGUGAACUAUGUGUCCGAUGUCUGGGUGAUUCCCGCAGCCCCUGAAAGCCAAGAGGGCAGCAAUCUCACCCUGACUUGUGGGGCAGAGAGUAACCAGGCCCUUGAAUUCCAGUGGCUGAGAGAAAAGACAGGCAAGGUGCUGGGAAAGGGGCCUGUGCUUCAAUUACACAACCUGAACCGGAAGGCAGGGGGAGGCUACCGCUGCGUGGCAUCUGUGCCCAGCGUGCCCGGCCUGAACUCUACACAGCUGAUCAAUGUGGCUAUCUUGGGGCCCCCAUGGGUGGCAUUAAAGGAGAGGAAGAUGCAGGUGCAGGAGAACACAAUGUUGAAUCUGUCUUGUGAAGCCUCAGGACAUCCUCGGCCUAGCAUCUCCUGGAAUGUUGGUGGCAUGGCAAAUGAACAAGACCAAGAUUCACAGAGUGUCCUGAGCAUCUUGAGUGUCCUUGUGACUCCAGAGCUGUUGGAGACAGGUGUUGAAUGUGUGGCUUCCAACUCCCUGGGCAAAAACAGCACCAUCAUUUUCCUGGAGCUGGAUUCCAACAGAACCACUGCUCUCAUCACCUCCACUGUCAAUCCUUAUGCCAAAGCCAACAGCACCUCUACAGAGAAAAAGCUGCCAGAGCCCAAAAGCAAAGGUGUGGUCAUCGUGGCUGUGACCGUGUGCCUCCUGAUCCUGGCCGUGCUGGGUGCUGUCCUCUAUUUCUUCUACAAGAAGAGCAAGUUGCCUUGUGGGAGGUCAGGCAAACAAGAGAUAACGCUGCCCCCAUCUCGUAAGAGAGAUUUUAUACUUGAAGUUAAGUCAGAUAAGUGCCCAGAAGCCAUGAGCCUCCUUCAGGGCAGCAACCGUGACACGAGGGCUCCAGGAGACCAGGUAGGAGGCAGUUCCUGUGGCCAGUGCCUGAUGCAACUUCAGGGAUUGGCAACAACAGGGGCUAAUGAUUCUCAUUUCCCUCAACACUAACUUUCUAUUCAUUCUUCUCUGCUGGAGUUUGGGAGCGGACCACAUCUUGCCCUCCUUAACAGUAUUUACAGAUGGUAGGACCCAGCACGUGGCUGAGGGAUCCUGGACAGGGUAGCUCCCAGGACUGAGAGCGAAGACCCAUACCAUCACCAUCACCAUUUCCUGAACAGUACUUGUGGCUCAGGUCACGAGGUGUGACUUAGGGGCCUAGGUUCCUUCCUGGCUCUGCCAUACCCACCUCUGCUUCUUUCCCCCAGACUACUACACCUAGUCCGUCAGCUUUUGCUUCAUACCUCCUCCCUCCUUAGUGCUCACACCCUGAACUCUGGUCACUAUCUCCACAUUCCUCUCUUGCUU